UUGAAUAGAUAUUUUAUCAUAUCUGUGAUACUGAUAUAAUUUUAAAUUUUUAUAUUGAUCUGUCUAUCUGCACAUCACCUGCGAUAUACCUGCAAUACACCUACGAUUUACCUGCGAUCUAUCUACGAGUACAAAAAAAAAAAAACGGUUUUUUUUAAAGCCAACUAGUUGUAUUAAUUAUUUAUAUUUCUUUUGUUUGUUUAAUAUUUUUUAAGUUUUUCAGCAUUUUUUUUAGAAAACUUUUUAGUUCCAAAAUGGCACUGAGGGACCACAAUUACGUCAUCCCAGCCAAUCACGAAGAAGAAGAAGAAGUUGGUGUUCCAAACAUCCACCUGCAAGAUCACACCUACGUCCAACAGUUACCUGUAGUUCCAAUUCAGCCCCAACAGGAAGAAGAUAGAGAAACCGUAGAAGAUCGACUAGCACCUGGUGAAGAAGAAGAAGCUCCAGCACACGAUGAAGAGCGAGAAGAUGUACCAGCACAUGAUGAAGAAGAAGAUGGAGCACAAGAACUUGUGAUAGAUGCUGAACCAAGAACAUACAGAACAAUCCCCGGCAUUAGACUCAACUCAAAAUUUUAUGUGGAUAAUUUGGGAUACAAAUAUUAUCAAAAGAAGUUACAGGUCAAUACAAAAAGGYUAAUUUGUGAGYGGCAAAGAAAUCCCAGAGGUCAUAAGUGUUACGGUUCAGCAUCAAUCAGUAGAAAUGAGAUGGACAACCAACUUUCUAUUAUAACUCCUCACAAUCAUAAUCCAGAAGCAAUUGACUUAGAUGUACCAUUCUUGAGGAACGUAGUUGGUGAAAAGGCUGUUGACCGCACAACUACAACCCCAUCAAUUCGAAGUCUUUAUAACAGCGAAAUAAUUAGACAUCCUCAAGCUGCCAUAAACUAUACAUUCCUCCAGACACAAUCGAGAGCGAAAAAGAUGAGACAAUCAAGGCGCCCAGAAUUGCCUCGGGACAUCCAUGAACUAUCAGAAAUGUUGAGGGAUCCCCGAAAUCUAAAUUACGCUUCUACAUUUCAAAUUCCUUCUACAGCAUUUUUCAAUCAAGAAUUGAUUGUAAAUGGAGUAAGCGUAGGAGUUAUAUUUGCAAACAUUUCUGCAAUUGACAGAUAUCGUCAAGAGUUAGCUUCAGUAGAGAUGGUUGGAAUAUAUGGUACAUACAAGACACUUCCUCAAGUGCCAGGAGACUUGCGAAGUUUUCUGACAUUUCAAGUACUCUACAAAAGUGUAGCAUUUCCAAUGGUCUAUGUCCUUUUGGGGAGUGAAACAGAAGAAACAUACUCUGCAUUAUUCACUGUUAUACGCAAUAUUCUACCUCUGAAUUAUGAUAGAAUCCRUUUUGUAACUGAUUAUGAGCGUGCUCUUAUGAAUGCUGUCCAGCGAAUGUUACCAAAUAGCGAUUUGCUCUGCUGUUGGUUCCAUUAUACACAGUCAGUUGUUAGAUAUUGUCACCGAAAAGUUAAUGGUGUUUUGAAUUUGGUGAAGAGAAAUGAAGUGGCAGCUCGUAUUUUCAGAAUGGUAAAUUUGAGUUUUAUUUACAAGUAA